AUGGGUAACCAACUCACUGGACUAUCACCUUCACCAGUUGUUGAAGAUUAUUUAUCUGAAUUAUCCGGCCUAGUUGUAUUUGAAGAAGAACUUUGCGGUUCUAGAUUGUUUAAAGUGGCUAAAAUAAGAUCGGUUGAUGGAGAUAAUCCGCGUUCACUUGUAGUAAAAAUAUUUCCCAAUCCAAAUAUCUCCCAAUUAUUAUGGCGCUAUCAAGCUCUUAUGUUGCCUUACUGUCAUCGUAUUAAUUCUGGUUAUAAUUUACUAUUUUUUAGCACAUCAUAUAUAACUGAACGUAGUGGAGUACUUAUCAGAGAUUUUAUUGAUCAGUCAUUAGCUGAUCGUCUGUGUACAAGACCAUUUUUAUGUAUUGAGGAUAAAAGAUGGAUCGCUUAUCAAUUAUUAUGCGCUGUUGAUCAGCUUCAUAGUUAUUCAACCAAAGCUUAUAGUAAGCAUUCUAGAGCUAAUUAUUCAUCUCUUUGUCAUGGAGAUAUUAAAGCGGAAAAUGUAUUGAUCACCUCUUGGGGAUGGGUACUUUUGGCUGAUCCAGCUCCAUUUAAACCAGUUUGGUUACCAUCUGAUAAUCCGAGUGAAUUUACACAUUUUUUUGACUCAUCACGUCGACGUGUUUGUUAUUUAGCACCAGAACGCUUUGUCGAAGUACACAGUUGUACAACGACAACUGUUAGUACCACUAUCACAACCACCACUCCAACUGUUACUGGUUCCGAAGCAACAAAUCUGGACAGCCUUUUGGAAGAAGUAACUAUAUGCUCUGAAGAAACAAAAAACAAUGUAAACAUGCUUGUAAAUGUGUGUGAUAAUACUUUGAUAAAACCUACUACGGUAAACGAAUCGAAUCCUUUAAACAAGGAAUACAAUAUCGAGUCUGAUAAACAACAACUCACCGUUGAAAUUUCCGAUUUGAGUAGUAAUAAUAACAACUUCUCUAAAAGUGAAUCGUCUUAUUUGAUUGCGAAUUCCAGUGAAUUAUCUACCCAACUCAGUGUAACCUCAUCGCCUUCGCUCAUCUUAAACACUGAAGACUGUGAUACACAAAAUUCUAAUGAUGAAGUGAUUGAUUUAAAGCAACGAGCAAAGUUUAUGACGUCAAAUUUACUUGACUUAGAUUGUCAUUUAACACCAAGUAUGGAUUUAUUUUCGAUUGGGUGUGUUCUGUUGGAAUUGUUUACUGAUGGAUCAAUAGCCUUCACAUUGGCCGAUUUACUGGCCUACAGACGAAAUGAUCAAAGUCGUCUAUCGAAACUUUUAGAACAAGUUCCAUGUGAACAUGCUAAAUUUCUAAUCUCUACCUUGUUGUCAUUGGACAAAGAAGAACGCCGUACAGCUGCCGAACAUUUAGAACAACAACGAGGCAAAACUUUUCCAAGUGUCUUUUAUACACAUUUGACACCAUAUCUUCAAAACUUUCUGAACCCAACACUUAAUUCUCCUGAUUCAAGGAUAUCAUUUCUUAAACUAACUAUUACAAAUUUCCUUCAACAGGUUACCGAUUCAGGGCCAGAAAAUUUAAGUACUGUUGCUGUUAUUAUAUGCAAUUUAAUUAUUGGUGUUCUACGACCUACAUCAUAUAGUCAAAAUACACAAACUCCAAUCACAGCUGCCGAUUUACCAACUUUAACGCAAAUUAAUAGAAUUAAUACUACUGAUCCGUUUUAUUCAAUACGCAACAAUUUGCAUACCUCUGAUAAAAAAGGAUAUUCAACACAAUCAAAUCGUUUAAGUGAAACUGGUAAAAUUAAUGCAUUAAUAUGUUUGCUCGAGAUUGCUAACCAUAUGCAACCAAAUUUGUUAAUGGAUCGUGUAAUACCUUAUUGUAUGGAAUUAACAACAUUAUCACAUUCUGGUGAGGUACGCAGCUUAGCUAUUGAGUCAUUGACACAUAUUUUCAAAUUAGUAAUACAGAAAUGUGAAAAAAUUAAUGAAUUUGCAUCAUUUUUGGAGGAGACAUUCUUAACUGAAUAUCUUUUUCCUAAUUUAGCACCUCUUAGCAUAGAUCCUAAGCCAGAAGUUCGGUUAACUCUGGCACGAUGUUUACCUAUACUGGCAACAUGCUCUUUAAAGUUUCUCAAUAUCAUAACAAAGUUGCGUUCCGAGUCAACUGAUGUCAAGAAUAAAUCUCCUGAUUUUGUACAUGAUUGUCAAAGUGAUCAUAAAACUGCUGACAAUUAUUUGUCUAUUUUAAGAUUACAUAUACAAGAAAGAUUAGUUGCAUUACUCUCCGAUCAACAUCCACAUGUUCGUCUUGGUCUAAUGAACACAAAUGGUUUGUCAUGUUUAGCAUCAUUUUUUGGUCGAUCCGGUACAAAUGGCACAUUGUUAUCACAUAUGAUCACAUUUCUAAAUGAUAAAUGUAAACCCGAAUUACGAGCUGCAUUUUUUCGACAAGUUUCUCCUUUGGCAACAUUGACUGGAGCACAGUUUGUUACAAUUCUUCGGUCAUUACUCGAACAGGGUUUAAUAGAUCCUGACGAUAUGGUUAUUGAAGAGUGUUUACACUGUCUAACUAAUCUUUUACGUAGACGAUUGCUCAGUGCACCCAUUGCAGUUUCAUUUUUAACUCGUGCUUUAGCAUUAACCGCACAUCCAUGUUUACGAAUUCGUCAAGGAUCUGUGGCUUAUAUUACAUCUUUUGCUCGACUAGCUGUUAACUUUACUGAAAAAUCUCAAUCACGAGUUCUAACUGAAGAUGAAGACACUGUACCUAUGGUACAUCAUUUUUGGCCAGGUAUUUGUAGUCCUGCAAGUGUUUAUGCUCGUUUAGUUAAUAUUGAAGUUAAGAAAACUAUUUUUCGGCGACCUGUAAACUUUUGUUUUACAAAUGAUGCGGUCCUUUUGCAUAGUUUACAUCCACCAAUUAGUCGAACUGUUCUAGAAGCUUUAGUAUUUAUGUCAUAUUCAUCUAAUUCUAUGCAACAAUUAACAUCCAAAGAUUCUCAGUUGUCCCGUUUAGAUAGACUAAAUCAGAUAUUGAAAUUAUUUCAAGAAAGAAAAUCGUCACGUGCUGUAACAAGAAGUGGUGAAACACCUUGUUAUACUUCACCUAAUGAUGAGUUCAUUGAUUCAUUAAUUUUAAAACUCAAAUCGCUGGGUUUAACGGAAUUAAUGGAAUCUCAGUUGGUAAAUUUAUCCAGUUAUAUUGUAAACUUAUACCAAAACGGUCGUCCUCAUAAUGCUUUUCAUUCAUCUAAUCCGAAACUUAAUCAUAUUUUUCCAAAAUACCAAGUUUACCCCAUUGAAGACCGUGAUAAAAUGUUUCUAAGUUCACAACCUACAAAUACGCAGUGUAUUAAUCCCAAAGAUUUUCUAGAAGAUCCUUCUCAUUUACAAUGGCUAUUAAGUUCACCACUGAAACGUUAUGCAAAUCUCUUACGGGAACGUUUACUUUCUGGUCGUCUUUCAUUACACCGUGAUUCCUUUGAUUCUGGGAAAAAAAUUAUUAUUGGGCGUAGUUUAAUCUUAUCUCCACCGUCAACACUACUUAACACUGGUGGAGAUAAUUCUUCAUAUGCAUCGACAAAUACAUCAAAUACAAAUUUAACAAAAAUGGGCACAAUCGGUACACUAGUACAUGGUGAAUUAUUAUCAUCAUCGUUUGCUGAAAUGAUUAAUCCAUUGUUUGGUAUUCGAUCAACUCCGAAAAAUAUGUUUGAAGUACAAAGUGAAAUGCCUAUUUGGCCAGAAUCACGUCCUCAAGGUAUUAUGUUAGCAAAUCUACAAGAGCAUCGUGCGGGAAUGAUCAGUUUAGCAACUCAUAGUUCCGGUCGACUAUUUGCAUCAUGUUCCAGUGGGGAUGGUUCGGUAAAACUAUGGAAUUGUGGAUUCUGGCCUACUGAAUCUGAUGGUUAUUUAGACCAGUCAACUACCGGUAAUCAUUCUAGUCGUGUUAACAGUGCAACAUCUGAACUAGUCCAAAAAUCAUCUAAUUCAAAAAAUCCAGAACUUGGGUUAGCUUAUUGUUUACCUACACGAUCAUCUUGGACAUUUAAUUGUAGUGGACAGGACUCAACUGAUUCAUCUAUUAAAAUAUGUCGAAGUCUUGUAUGGACAUCGAAUGGAUCUUGUUUAGUUACCAUACUUGAUGGAAAAUGGUUACAACAAAUUGAUGUAGCUACUGGGCAAUCUAAUGGUCUAAGUCAAUUAAAGAUAAAUAAUUCUGGACGCGCUGUAUGUUUAAAAACAUCAACAUGUUGUCAUUUUCCUUCUCAGUACAAUUUAGUAAAUCAAGUUAUGAUUGGUGGAAGUGAUACUAAUUCAAUUGCUUAUGCUACAACUAGUAAUCAAAUUGUUGCACGUGAUUUACGUGUGCCAAAUUCUAGUUCACCUAUAUGGAUUUUAAAACAAGACAGAAGUCAUGGUUUAAUACUUUCGAUGGUAGUACAUAGUUUUCAUACAUGGCUUGUUACAGGAACCAGUCGUGGACAUCUUAUAUGUUGGGAUUUAAGAUAUAAACGUCAGAUAGCUUAUACAGAACAUCCAUACCAACCAGGUAUAGGUAUUUUAGAUUUACAAAUAGCUGAAACUCAUUCUCGGUUUGAACUGGAUAAAAAGUAUGCUGGUCAAAAUCUCCCUCAGUCAUCCGAAAAGUCAUAUCAAGUAGGACAAACGUUGAUUAUUGCUGCAACCGAUCAUCAUAAUGAAGUGACAAUCUGGGACUUGGAGUCCUCAGCCACAGCGUCAUCAUCUGCAGCUAUUUCAUCCUGUAAUUAUGGGCUCCCCGGUUCUUUCGCACCAGUUCGCAGUACAGGAUGUUUAGCUUCGACGUGGGCUCAACCAGGAAAUAAAACACCUCUUGUUCUUGAUAGUUCUUUACCACAUCGAUCAGUCCGAUCAAUUUUGUGCCUUCCUAACAACAAUGUUAUACCGUUUAAUGAACAUAACAAACCCCAUUCUCAAAUUACUCAUUUACCAGCUAUAGUGGCCGGUGGUAAUGAUGCACGUUUACGGUAUUGGAACUUCCGAAAACCAGAGGAUUCGUGUGUUUUAGUUUGGGCUGGGAUUGAUGAAGCGACGCCUCCUCGACUUACCUACCGGUCAACAUAUGUAAAUGAUGUCUAUGUUUUGAUUGAACAAACUGAUACUUCUUCCGUUAGUGAUACAUCAAGUAGUUUGUUAACAAAAACAAUGUACACAGAAAUAUCACAAAAAUUACAAUCAUCAAGUAAUAUAACAGAAGUAUCAAAUAGUGCAUUCCCUGUGUCAGGACGUUUAGAAUUACGUGAAUCAACUAAAGGACAUAAGAAUAUUAUAUCUGAUUUAACUGUUCUUCAAGCAGGUCAAGCAUUUCUAGUCUCUGCUUCAAUGGAUGGUGUAAUAAAAAUUUGGCGAUAA